AUGAAGCAAACUAUGAAACCGAUCUCUAGCCCUAAUCGGACCGAUUACUUCCCGCCGCCAUUGAUGAACUUUUUGAAGGCCGAUGUUGGAAGCCGGAGUAGAAGCGGCAGGUCGCGUUCCAGCCCUAUGUUCGUCAGGAAGAAGAACGUCGUCGCCAUUGAAACUCAAGAGCCGUCUUCUCCCAAGGUUACCUGUAUGGGCCAAGUCCGAGCCAGACGCUCUUCCGCCCAAAGCGCCGCCAGAUGCCGCUGGAUUCGAACCGUAUUGGCUUUCAAUCGACGCCAUUGUCGAACCUUGUGGAACGGGUGGAAGGUGCUGAUGUUCGGAAGAAAUCGUGAAAGCAGACGAAAAUCAUCGAUCUCGAUCUCUCAAUCUCGCGUUGGAAAUGAAGCGGAAGAUUCGAAGGAGGAAGAUGAAGAAAGAGGCGAAGGAGCGAGAGAUGCGGCGUUCGCGUCCUCGAUUCCAUCGCCGCCGAAGAACGCUCUCAUUCUGACGAGGUGUAGAUCUGCGCCGCAACGGUCGUCGGUUUCCGGCUAUGGAUACCGGAGUUCGCCGGCGAGAAGCGACGGUACUGGAGAAGAGCGGAGAACAGAGCGCGAUGGUGGAAACAGAGCCACGUCCCAAAUUGAGUCUGAAAACUCAAUCGGAGAAGGAAUUUCUAACUCUGUAAAUAGCAAAGAAAGCAAAAUCGAUGAAGAAAAAGUAGGCGGCUCUUCGCGGCGGUUGAAUCUGAAGAGGUGUAAAUCGGAACCUGGUAGAAUUGCAGAGAAACUUUACGGAGAAUUGAAUCUCCGGGAAGAAGGAAGUUCGUCGGGUAUGGUAACGAACGAUUCUUGCUUGCCUAACAACAAGCGAUUAAACGAUUGA